AUGCAUUUCGAAUACUCCGCCUGGCUUCUUCCGCCCUCAAAGUCCAUCCCCGAUCGGCCAUCUUCGCCCAGAAAGCAUGUUCUUUCUUUCCACCAACCUCUUCUCACCACUUUCCUCUCUUACAAGCAAACUUCUCCCACCCCAGACGAGCUCAAAGCCGUGCCAUCAUCAUGUGCCUACCCAUCAUGGGCCAACAGGGACCUCACCUGGACCACCGCAAUUAUCAUCACAUCGAUAAACAUCAACGUCACUGCAACACGCGCGCGCGUCACGCCCGUGCUAGCUGGUCACAUGAUUACACCGCCACGCCCGCCAGCCUCACUCACCAUGGCCACUCUUGUCUAAUACUCCGUGAUGAGUGGUAGCCGCGCGUUGCGCUUUUGGCGGCACAUUCUUUUCGCUUUCCCAUUUCGCCUACUUCGAGAUGCCAAAGUCAGCCACACCAGUUCAGUCACACCGUUGCUCUUGCCACUCGUUAACGGGGUUACAACAACAUCAUCAUCACCAUCACCAAGCGACCCAUUUGGGCGCGACUUCACUUGCAUCGGCGGAUGAGCGUGCGGUGCGCACAUGCAUUUGUACUGCGUUCGCGCAAUGCAGAUCGCCUUAGACUCAACCGUCAUUUAUUUGAAACGUACCUCCAGUUUAUCGCCACCACGAAGCGAAGUGGUGCACCGAACGAAAGAGACGACUUAGCGGAUAGGAUUGGAGGAAAGCAUUGUGACGGAAUUUGAGCAUUUUGCAGGCGUUUUGAACUUGGCAUCGAUACCCCCGCUCCGCGAAUCGGACGGAUUAUGGCUGGGACGGCACGCUUAUCUGCGAGGCAUUGUGUGCGCAGUAUAGAGUGAGGCUUUUGCGGCUUACCCUUUUUCGCACCAUAAACCUCGCUUCUCUCCUUCUUUGAUACCCCCAUCAUUUAGAUAUACCCCAUUUUGAAUUUUACAAUAGCUUACUCUUGACCAA